AUGAAUCCAAAAUAACCUGUAUUUAUUUAAGGUAUAUGGUAAAUUCAACAUAGAGGCUAAAUUGGACAAUUAUGAAAUUGUGAAACAUCUAGGCUAAGGUGCUUACAGUGAGGUUGUGUUGGCAAAAAGUAAAGUCACUGGGCAUGAAUCUGCUCUGAAAAUUGUGGAUAAGGCUUUUCUAGUUAAGGUAUGGCAAUUCAAUAAGGUCAGGAAAAAAAGAUGCAUCAUGCUUGCAUUGAAAGAGAAGUGUUGGCAUAUUUGAGACACAAAGGAAUCAUCAAGCUAUUCCAUUCAUUUGAAGACUAGUCCAAAUUGUAUUACUCGUUGGAAUUGUUAAACGAUGGCAAUUUAUUGGAAUACAUCAACAGUAUUUAAUAAUUUAAGAUAGAGUAUAAUUUUAAUGAAAAAAUGAUACAAUUUUAUACUGCUGAACUUUUGUUAAUUUUGGAGUACUUGCAUCAAAAUGGUUUGGUACAUAGAGACGUAAAGCCAGAGAAUAUUUUAUUGACUAAAGACAAACAUCUAAAAUUGAUAGAUUUUGGAACAGUAUUUGUUUAUGAUGAAUCAAAAAUAAGUAUUGGGACCAAGUUGGAAGAAAUUAGAAUUCAAUUCCAAAAACAAAGAUCUCCAUCCUUGAAUGACUUCGAAAAGCCUCCCAUUAAAUAUUGUCGAGAUUCUAGUUUUGUUGGUACAUCCGAAUACCUGUGUCCAGAACUAAUUGAUUAUAACGUAGUUGGACCUCAAGCAGAUUUAUGGGCCUUAGGGUGCUUCAUUUAUCAAUUGUACACUCAUCGAACUCCAUUCUACUCUGAUAACGAGUUUCAGUUAUUCCACAACAUAAGUUAAUGUGAAUGGGAGUAAGAUUAAAGAAUACCAAAUGAUGCUUUGGAAUUGAUCAAAAUAUUAUUAGAUAGAAAUCCAUUAAAUCGAUUUUAUGGAGAUAUUAAUGGUAUAUAUGCUAUUACAAUUAUUAAGAUUCCGACUAUAAUUACGAUAGUUUGAAAAAACAUCCCUUUUUCGGUGGAAUAGACUUCACUCAUAUUUGGCUGCAAGAUGUUCCUCAACCCAGUAUACACAAAUAAAAGAGGAAGUUAAGUAGAUAUCAAACUACCAUGUUGGACAAAUAAAAGGAAAGAGAAAAGCCUGACAUCAGGGGCAAUUCAGUGACUAAACAUCAGACUGAUCAAAUAGUUUUAAAGGGCAAUGUGGAUAAAGAACACGGUGUAUUAUUUAUGACUUAGUUUUCUAUCAGGUAUGCCAAUAUCAGUAUACAGGGUGGCAUACCAUAUUUCAAUUACAUAAAUCCACAGUUGAAUAAUAAAUUGGUAUUUAAUGGUGUUUAUGUAUUUAGACAAUUAUUCCUUUGAAUUAAUUCACUUCGUGCAGAUUAUUAGGCAAGGGUAAAUUCAUUGUAGGAGAUAAAAAUAAGAAAAAGUAUAUCUUUAAAGAAAGGGAUCACGAUGUAACAGCUUAGUAAUGGGUGAAUACUAUGAAUAAAUAUAUUAAUCUUAAUCAUUUCUGA